AUGGCCAAGGAUGAUGAUAACAAUGAGCCAUACUCGAUCUUUUCUGCACGGCAAAAAGCCACCAUUGUUGCCAUCACCGUUAUCAGCACGGCCAUGCUCACAGCUUUACCAGUGAACAUUUACUAUCCUGCAUUAAAUAUCAUCAAAGAGGACAUGCACACGACUACAGAAAACAUGAAUUUCACUGUUACGAUUUAUAUCAUUGCUCAAGCCAUUGCACCAGCAUUUUGGGGUCCUAUCGCUGAUCGUACAGGACGUCGCCCAAUGUACUUGAUGGCCACGCUGACAUUUGUACUAAGUUGUGUUGGUCUGGCACUUGCACCAAAUUACCCAGUGCUUUUGGCGAUGCGGCUAUUACAAUCAUUUGGCGCUAGCCCUACUGUAGCCAUAGUGUGUGGUAUUAUUGGUGAUAUUAGCCCACCAUCAAGUCGAGGGACCUAUUUCGCUAUUAUGAGUGGCGUGCGACAUGUAGUUACAACAACAGGACCUAUGGUUGGAGGUAUUGUGGCUCAAAAGACAUCAUGGCGAUGGAUUUGGUGGAUCAUGGUUAUAUCGGGUGGUGCCAUUUUUGCCCUCAUGUUAUUCUUGGUUCCCGAAACAUUGCGAUCACUUGUUGGAAACGGAAGCGGGUAUGCUAAUCCAACACCUACACAAUGGUGGCGACAUCGAAAACAACAACGACAACGUGCAAAGCUACGACAAUCAGGCGAGGAAGGAUAUCAAUCAUCAUCCGUUGAUGAGGAAGGAGCAUCUUCCAUCACACACAUCCCGGCGCAACAACAGCGAAAACCUAUUAAUCUCUUGAAGCCUUUGCUUUUUCUCAAGGAAUGGGAUGUCCUUUGUGCACUUUUAUUUGGUGGUCUAUGUUUUGGUACUCAACAAUCCUUUCUGGUAACAACAUCGCAUAUACUAGCAAGCGUAUACCAUCUUUCGGUGAUGAAUGUCGGUUUGUGUUUCAUGACGGGAGGUGCUGGAUCACUGGCAGGAGCAUUAUCGACGGGCCGCAUUAUGGAUUAUGAGUUUAAACGGGUUGCUCUUGAAGCAUGUGGUCAUGUUCCUAAACGUGGAAGCCUGUCAUCGGAUUUCCCAAUCUUCAAGGCUCGAUUAAGAUACCCUUUGUGCCUCGCGGCUAUUUUGGAAGCAGCCGUCAUGGUGUUUGGAUGGAGUGUUUACACUGUGCAGCCAUUGCCUGUUACCUUAACCAUCGUGUUCAUCUUUUGCUUUACCCAUGCAAGCAUCUUCAGCUCAAUACAAGUAUUAAUGGUUGAUCUAUUUCCAGCCGACAGCUCCUCCAUCACAGCAACCAACAAUCUCGUACGCUGUACUUUAGCGGCAAUUGGCACAGCCACUGUGGAUCUUGGAAUUCGAGCUAUUGGUGUGCAAUGGACAUGCUUUGCCAUAUCAAUGAUAUUGGUUGUGUCCAAUAUACUGCCUAUCGCAUUGAUCAUAUAUGGUACGAGGUGGAGGUCACGGCGCAUGGAGAAGGAGUCAAGCCUCGCUAAAGAGAAAAACAAAGCAUGA